AUGUUGCCCACGAUUAAUCAAAAUGCUGAAAUCAAGCCCGACUUUAUUCAAGUUCUUCCAAAAUUCGUCGACUCGCUUGGAGAGAGUGGGCCCCAUUUCAACGGUUUAUGCCGUCACCAUCGCCGUCGCCUCCCCCCGCCGCCGCCGCAGGAGCCGCCGUCGGUGGUUGACGAGAGGCUGUCGCUGCUCCGGGAGGAGGCUCUGCGGCCCUUCCGCGGCCGCGAUUGGUGGGAAAGAUCGGAUGUGAUUGCGUAUCGCAGAAAUCCUCUCAAGAAAUCUUCUUCUUCUUCUUCUUCUCCGGCGGCCUCCGAUUCCGGAUUCAAAAUCUCCGACGCCGCCGACCGGAAUCCGUCGAAGAAAGAUUACGACGUCUACCGCAGAAAUCCGUUGAAGAAAUCUGCAUUUACUCUCUCCUCCAAUUCAGAAGAUAAGAAAAAAUCAUCAAACCCUACCGAAGAUAAGAGCAAGAAAUCAUCAAAGAUUGCACAAGGCGAUCGUGAAUCCCCUAAAAAGAAAUCUGCAUUUGCAUCUCCGACGAAGAAGCUGCAGCUGGCCCUCUCAGAAGAGAAAAAACCAGGCGAUGCAUCAAACCCUAAAAAGAAACCUUCAUUUGCUCCUUCCUCGUCAGAGAAAAAAUCCGAGAUCAAAAUUGGUUCCAAAAAGGAGGAAGAAAACCCAAAGAUUAAGGAGGCUGAUCUGAACGAUGACGGAGACGGCGAUGAAGAGAUCAAGGUGUGGAAUCUGCGGCCGCGAGUCGUCAAGAACAAGUCAAAGAGUAAAGCUCAGCAGCAGCUGAGGAGCGGCGGCGGCGCUGCUAAAUCUGCAGACGGCGGCGACAAGAACGAGAAGGAAAAGGAAAAAGAAAAAGAAAAAAAUUCACAGACGGCGUUUGGGGCCGUCAAAACGCGGGGGUGA